AAACAUCUCUCCAACCUCGCCCUCGUGCUUCUUCCCUUUAGUCUCCGCGGUUGCUUCAUAACGUCGUCUUCCCCCAAUUUUCCCCCAAUUCAAAACCCUAAUUUUCCUAAUCUGUUAAUUUCACCUCGAAUCAGGCAAAAACCCUAAAAAUUCGGGAAGAUUUGAGCUUGUUCUUGCUCGCCGAUCGAUGGGUCGCGGCUCAGCCACGUCGCUCGCUCCCGGGUUUCGUUUCCACCCGACGGACGAGGAGCUCGUUCGCUACUACCUGAAGCGCAAGGUCUGCAACAAGCCCUUCAAGCUCGACGCCAUCUCCGUCACCGAUGUGUACAAAUCCGAGCCUUGGGAUCUACCAGAAAAGUCGAAGCUGAAAAGCAGAGACUUGGAGUGGUACUUCUUUAGUAUGCUGGAUAAGAAGUACAAUAAUGGAUCGAAAACGAAUCGCGCCACGGAGAAAGGCUACUGGAAGACGACGGGGAAGGACCGGGAGAUUCGUAAUGGUUCGAGAGCCGUGGGGAUGAAGAAGACGCUUGUUUAUCACAAGGGGAGAGCUCCUCGUGGUGAGAGGACUAAUUGGGUUAUGCAUGAGUAUCGUCUUACUGAUGAGGAGUUGAAGAGAACUGGUGCCCCACAAGAUGCGUAUGUGCUGUGUAGGAUAUUCCAGAAGAGCGGUACGGGGCCUAAGAAUGGGGAGCAGUACGGUGCUCCUUAUCUUGAGGAGGAGUGGGAAGAGGAUAAAAUGACUUUUGUGCCUGAACAAGAGGCUCUUAGUGAAGGGUUGGGUGUUGAUUAUGAUGUAUAUCUCGACAUUGACGAGUUUGACGAGAAGCCUGAGAAUCUUGUGGUCUAUGAUGCCAUUCCUGUUGAGCCUAAUUAUUACCAUGGAGAAUCAAGCAAUAACGUUGAGUCCGGAAACUACUCAGACUCUGGAAAUUACAUUCAACAAAUUGACUCUGGUGGUUGCUUUGAACAGCCAAUUGAAACGUUUGAGGAGGAUCAGAAGCCUAUCAUCCGGGACGGUAGCAUUCAGCCCUGUUCUCUGUUUCCCAAUGAACAGAAUGAUGAGAACGUGGUGAAUCUGCAAACAUCCAACGAUAAUGUAUUUGCGGCCGAGAAUUGCUACAGUGACAUUCCGAUUGAUACCAACUAUAUGCCUGACGAGUCAUUCAUCGAUCCUAGCAACAACCUUCCACUCAGUGAUGGUCUGUACCUGGAAGGGAAUGAUCUCGGCAAUGCGCUACCAGAUGAUUUUGACUUUGAAGAUUAUCUCGAAUUCUUUGACGAUGAGGACGCUCAGAAUUUGACUCUCGAUGUUUCUCAAUUGUUGGGAUCUGAAGAUGCUCUUCCUGACCAAGAAGGCAGUGACCAGAUGCAGCCUUCCUCUGAAGACUUGGAGAAGAAUGUCGCUGAAGGCAAGGAGGCGGUGGAGAAAGAUGAAAGUGGCGAAGGAUCUUCCUCAAAGCAAGAUGCAGAUGUCACAGACUUCGACUCAGCUUCAAAGUACCCUUUCCUCAAGAAGGCGAGCCAGAUGUGUGGAGCGACAUCUUCAUUUGCUUCCCAGUUCCAAACAAAGGACGGCCGGCUACACGCAGGGCAAUCUUCAGGUUCGGUUCAUGUUACUGCAGGUAUAAUCAGAAUAUCAAACAUGAAUCUAGCAGCGGAUAUGGGCUGGUCAUAUGACAAGAACAGUAACCUUAACGUAGUCCUUUCUUUCGGCUUGGUCCAACGGGAUGAUGGGAUGAGUUCCUCUGUAAACAAGACGGGAGGAGUUCCAGCGAGAAGAGCUAUGUUGAUCUUCAUCUGCUUAUGGGCUCUCCUGCUCUCCGUUAGCUUCAAGAUAGGAACCAUGGUCUCUGCUCGGUGAUUAACAUCAAAAAGUUGUACCUCUCCCAACUAUAUAUAGGCUUUACUUUGGCAAUGCUUUGCUGCCCCCAAUAUUUUAUCUUUCGUGUAAGGAUUUUGUGUAGUUUGAACUCUCUUUACAGUUUCUGGUUUAACUUCCAGAAAUAAGAACAUAAUUAUCAAUUGAUUAAGUUGGAACCA